UUUAUAUUAUUAUUACUAGUUCACUUCCUCUCAGAAGAACUUCUCUUUCUCUCUCUCCUUUUCUUCCCACAGAAACCCUAAAAACCUUAAGAAAUCAGAUGUGAAUCGGAAGAUAUGGCGUAUUCAAGAGAUAGAUUGGUAAGAGAAGAUCCAAUGAUGAUAAUGUCUGGUGGUCGAAGAUCUAAUAAUAAUGGUAUUUGGCAAGAUUUAUUACAAGAAAGAAGAAGUUCAUCAAGAUUAAAUAUGAACACUAGCGGUGGAAGGAAUUUGUUUGGAUCGCCGAUUCAAUCUUCUUCUUCUAGAUUCGUAAGAAGAUCUACUACAGAAAUGUCUCCUUCCAUUAGACGAGAUGCUGGUUAUCAUGGUACUCCUGGGAUAACGUCUAGGUUAGGAAGUGAACGGUAUAGGAAUAAUCAUCUAUAUGGAACUCCUUUGAUGAAUGUUCAAGAAAACCCUUUUUCUGGUAUUGGUAAUCGACGAAGAGGAGGAGGGCGUCUCAGGAAUAACAAUAGUCAGUUGCCUAAUUGGUAUCCAAGAACUGCUCUAAGGGAUAUUACUGGAGUUGUCAAUGCAAUUGAAAGGAGAAGAACUCAAUUGAGAGAGGGUGACAGCCAUCUGACUUCAAACCCUGAACCACUGCAAUCUAAUGUUCUAGGCUCCAACCUAUCCGAUACUGGGGCUCACCUCGAGCCUGAGUUCACUUUGGCCACCCCAAAUUUGAAGGCUGCUGCAGUUAAAGCUCACAUGACGCCUGUCCAGCACCUGCCGAAGAAUUUCCUCGGCACUUAUACUACUGAUGAAUCUGAUUUCCUGACUCCCCAAAAGCAAUUGUUAAACUCAAUAGACCAAGUUGGGAAAGUUGUACUGGAGGAACUCUUAAAGAUGAAGAGGACACCUACUGCUAAAAAGGCCGAGAGACAAAAGAAAGUACGUACUUUGAUGGCCAUGCGUUGAUACUCAGUUCCAUUUUUUAGUUGCAUAGAGAGAAAUACUGGAA